AGGGCCUAUUUAAGCAGAAGAAGAAUUUGCAAGUGUACGUCUCGGAUUAGUUGGUGAAAUAGUUUUCAAGAUAGUAGGAAUUUUUCGUGAAUUACGAACAUAGAUCCAUUUAGCUAAAAUGGAGAGGGAGGACAAACCCAGCCUGCUGCUCUCCUUCCACACUGAGCCCAAACAAGAGUCACUGGAUUCUGAUUGUGAAGCUCAGUGGGCAUUGGGCAAUUCAGAGAUGGCAUCUGUAAAGCUGGAGGAAAAAAGUCAAACACUGGGGCUGAAUGUUACCAUUAAAGAAGAAGAAGAAGAAGAAGAGGAAAGGAAGAAUGUGGUUAUCAUUAAUAAUGGAGAGGGAGAUUUACUCACUCAAGAUGGGAUUCCUGAAGUGGAGACACUUGAAGAGAAACAACAGGAAGACUACAAUCAUAAGAAGUCUCAUCACUGUCCUCACUGUGAAAAACAUUUCUCAGCACUAUCACUGUUAAAAAGACAUGUUAAGAUACAUACUGGAGAGAAACCUUACUCCUGUUCUCAGUGUGGGAAGUGUUUUAACUCCUCAUUUAACCUUACUAGACACCAGAGAAUGCACACAGGUGAGAAGCCUCACUCCUGUUAUGAUUGUGGUAAGAGUUUCUCUGAAACAGGUGACUUAAAAAUUCACCAGCGCAUACAUACUGGUGAGAAGCCUUAUUCCUGUUCCAACUGUGGGAAGUGUUUUAUCUCAUCAUUUAAAGUUAUUAUACACCAGAGAGUGCACACAGGUGAGAAGCCUCACUCCUGUUAUGAUUGUGGGAAGAGUUUCUCUCAAAUAGGUGCCCUUAAACGUCACCAGCACAUACAUACUGGUGCAAAGCCUUACUCCUGUUAUGAUUGUGGGAAGAGUUUCUCACAAUUAGGUCACCUUAAACGUCACCAGCACAUACAUACUGGUGCAAAGCCUUUCUCCUGUUCAGACUGUGGGAAGUGUUUCAGAAGUUCAUCUAAUCUUACUAUUCAUAUAAGACAGCACACAGGUGAGAAGCCUUACUUCUGUUCUGACUGUGGGAAAUGUUUCUCUCAAAUGAUUUACCUUAAAGCUCACCAACGCACACAUACAGUGAGGGAAAUAUUUAUUUGAUCCCCUGCUGAUUUUUUUAUGUUUGCCCACUGACAAAGAAAUUAU